AUGCCGCCAAAGGGAAAGGCAAAGAAGGAGGAGAAGGAGCUCGAGGAGAAAGACGAGCCCGAAAUCGCGGAUGGCGACGACGACAGCGAUGAUGACUCGGAUGAGGACAUGCCUCACCUGGAAGGAGGGGCCAAGGAUGAGAAGCACAAGCAGAACAGGUCUGAGAAGAAGAGCCGCAAGGCAGUCUCCAAGCUUGGCAUGAAGCCCAUCCCAGGCAUCACUCGUGUGACCGUCAAGAAGAGCAAGAAUAUCCUCUUCGUGAUUGCGAACCCGGAUGUCCACAAAGCACAGUCCUCCGACACGUACAUCGUUUUCGGUGAGGCCAAGGUUGAAGACCUCAGCGCCCAAGCCCAGGCCAACGCGGCUCAGCAGUUCACGCAGGGCCCAAGCAUAGGCGCCAAGGAGAUGGAGGCCGCAAGCCAGGGCGCUGUUAUCGAGGAAGUCGACGAGGGCGAAGUGGAUGACUCGGGCGUUGAAGCCAAGGACGUCGACCUUGUCAUGCAGCAGGUCUCCUGCAGCCGCGCGAAGGCAGUGGCAGCUCUCAAGGCGAACAACAACGACAUCGUGGAG